AUGUAUAGUCUGCGGGAGCCAUGGGUCAUAAGAAUCCUUAUCCUUGCGCCACUCACCGGGCUACUCCUCUCUCUUCUAUGGCUAACAAACACAUGGUAUUCAGAUAUACCUGAGAUCGUCUCCUAUGAUAAUGACCGCGGCGGCGCUUCCUCGAAUCCCAAACAUGCCUUUGCUACUUUCUUGUCAGGUUUCAAUGGGACCGAUUCCGAGAACUAUUUCACCGCUGUGAAGCUCCUGACAUACCAACUGGUUCACGACCCGCGAACCCGAGUACGAGAUAAUACGCCGUUCAUUGUCCCGGUCACCAAGGACGUUGAGCAGGAAAGACAAGACACCCUUCGACAUAGUGGUGCGACAGUCAUCUCGGUUGACGACGUCCAGCGAGACUGGAUUCACCCUAAGUGGCCUCGGUGGAACGGGGUUCUGGCAAAGCUAAACCUCUGGACGUUGACCGAUUACGAAAAAGUUGUAUUCGUCGAUGCCGACACAGUGAUACUACAUCCGAUGGAUAAAAUAUUCUCAAUACGAGCCACUGAUAUACGAGACACGCUUCCUACUCCAUCGAGAGUCAUCUCGACAACGGCUAACAUGCCUGUUACGCCGCCACCAAAAUACAUGAUCGCCGGUAUUCACGACCGUUGGAUGGAAGCGAACAAGAGGCCACCAGAGACCGAGCCGUUCUACGUGCUAGACAACUAUAUGAAUGCUGGGUUCUUCGUCAUCUCCCCGUCCAAGGAGAUGUUCGAGUACUAUCUCUCGCUUCUCGACCACCCCGAUGCCUUCGACGUUGAUUACCCGGAGCAGAAUCUUUUGAAUUUUGCACAUCGAACCGACGGACAGAUGCCAUGGCAGGACCUUGGUACCUAUUGGAAUGCAAUUACGCAGCUCAACCCCUCUUAUGAUCCGAACGUUCGAUCACUACAUCAUAAAUGGUGGAUUGAACUCGCCGACAAAUAUACUAGUGAUCUUAUUACGGAUGCCAUACAGAGGAUGAAUAACAUGGGUUGAUUUGCAUUUUGACUGUUGUGUUUUGAGCGUAAAAUCAUGGGAAUUGGCCUGGAUUGCAACAAAAUUUCAUAACGAGCCUGCCAAUGUCAACACCUUAAAUGAUGUAUUUUGCUGAAUCAUGGAACUGGUCAGUUGCAAGGCUCCAAAACUUCUUCAGUCGCUACUUUCCCGAAUAGUUGCCCUUCACUAUCGAUCACCGGCUGCUCCCGUUUAUAUCUCUGGAGAUUCUCACCUUCAAGCGAUUCCGAUACCCUAUGUAACCUAAUAACCCCUUCCCUAACCCUAACCAUGGAGUGCUUCAUGUUCUCCUCGCGCGUACUAUAUCU